GUCCCGCAGACUCCGCCCACUUACGGAAAUACAGGAGGUUGUUGGACACGUGACGAAGUCAGUAUGGCGAAGCUGUUGGCUGAAUGACUUUUUUACAGUUCCGUCGGGUCCUAAAACCCCGCACCGUGUGGAUGCUGUUGAAGACUGUCCUGGAGGAGAGAGGGAAAACCGACCUCCUGCGCUUUAAUGGUGCUCAUUUCAGCCUGACCAUUUGGUCGAAGGACACCACAAUACACCACUCAAGGUCUCCACCUGUGGUCGUGUGACAUGAAGCCCUGAGAAACAACUUCUCUCUGUUCCUCCUCAGUCUGGCAACUCCAACCGGAAGCACAAACUUGGUGGGAAUCACAGAAUGAUCAUUCCAGUUACCAUGGUGGCGCACUGACACCGUCACCGCUCACCUUUCCUCCCGUGUUUAGUUUGCCUGCAUCGCCAGCCACUGUAACAAUGAGCUCUCACACUCGCCAAGGUGGCUUGAGCAGCAAGGAUCAGCCUUUGGAACUUCUCAAACCAUCUGCACUCAACCAUUUCGUGGACGUGAGCACUGCAGCACUGCCCACGCAGGUGCCCCCCACCACCACAGCCAUCCUUCCCAUGGACCUGCGCGUAGUGGACCACCCUCAUCACCACCACCACCACCAGCAGCCCCCCUUCGGCCUGGUUCCCCAAACCCACCCCAUGCCAAGCGCCUCCACAGGUUGCACCACAUCAACAGAGCCAGGCCGUGGGCCAGUCAUCAGCCACCCUGAGCAGCAGCUGCAGCAGGAGCUUGUGACUCUCAAACACAAGCAGCAACUGCAGAGGCAGCUUCUGAUUGCCGAGUUUCAGAGGCAACAUGAACAGCUGUCGCGACAACAUGAAGUGCAGCUGCAGGAACACAUCCAGCAUCAGCAGGAUCUACUGGCCCUCAAACACCAACAGGAGCUGUUGGAGCAUCAGAGGAAGAUGGAGCAGCAGCGUCACGAGCAGCAACUGGAGAAGCAGCAGCGGGAACACAAACUCCAACAGCUCAAAAACAAGGAGCGGGGACAAGAGAGUGCAGUGGCCAGUACAGAGGUAAAGAUGCGGCUUCAGGAGUUUGUCCUGAAUAAGAAGAAAGCGCUGGCUCAGCGAAAUCUAAACCACUGUCUGCCCAGUGACCCUCGCUACUGGUAUGGGAAAACUCAGCACAGCUCUUUGGACCAGAGCUCUCCUCCACAAACAGCCUUGUCAGCGUACAACCAUCCAAUGCUGGGCACAUAUGACUCUAAAGAUGACUUCCCUCUCCGCAAAACAGCCUCUGAGCCCAACCUGAAGCUUCGUUCCAGGCUAAAGCAGAAGGUGACCGAGCGCCGCAGCAGCCCUUUGCUCCGCAGAAAAGAUGGUCCCAUCUCUUCUGCAAAGAAACGUUCUCUAGAUGUGGCCGAGUCUGCAUGCAACAGUGCACCAGGUUCUGGUCCCAGUUCCCCUAACAACAGCUCUAGUAACAUCCCCAAUGAGAAUGGGGUCACCAUCUCCGGCAGCUCAGGGGAGGCCUCCCUGCUUCAUAGACUGGCUGCAAGGGAAGGUUCACUUAGCCAACUCUCUCUGUACACCUCCCCUUCUUUGCCCAACAUCACCCUGGGACUGCCAGCCACAGGACUUGCCAACACUGUGGUAACAGGACACCAAGACAGUGAUGGUCAUCUGCCUGCGUUACAGCAGGGCAUUCCUCUGACCCCUCCUUUCUUGCCCGCUGCUCACCUGCCCUCCUACUUGGCGUCUUCAACGUUGGACAGGGAGGGAGCUGGAGGAGGCUCAACUGGUCACAACCCGCUCCUCCAGCACAUGGCACUGCUGGAGCACAGCCAUAAUCCAGUGGUUGGUCUGGGUGGACUUCCACUUCCGUCGCCCGCUGUCUCAAAGCUCGCGCGGGGCCACCGUCCACUCGGCAGAACCCAGUCGGCCCCUCUGCCCCAACAACAGUGUGUCCAGGCCCAGGCACUGCAACAUCUGGUGGUCCAGCAGCAGCACCAGCAGUUCCUGGAGAAACACAAACAACUGUUCCAACAGCAGCAGCAGCAGCACAUCAUCAACAAGAUCAUUUCCAAGCCCGGUGAUCAGGUCUCAGGCUCCAGCGCCUCAGGUCCAGCCAGGCAGCAUCAGAGUCACCCCGAGGAGACGGAAGAAGAGCUCCGGGAGCACCAGGGGCUGUCCUCCUCGUCCUCGUUGGCCUCCUCUGCGCCUGCCCCUGCACAGGACACAGGGCCGCUACGUGGGCUGGUCAUCAAACAGGAGCCGCCAGACCUCCAGGAGCAGGAGGAGAGGGAGCAGAGAGAGAGACAAGUUGAACAGGAUUUCUUGUUCAGACAGCAGGCUCUGCUGCUGGAACAGCAGCGGAUUCACCAGCUGAGGAAUUACCAAGCCUCCAUGGAAGCAGCUGGUCUGUCAGUGAGCUACGCUGGACACCGCAAACUCUCCAGGGCUCAGUCGUCUCCAGCCUCUGCCUCCUUCCCCAUGGUCGUACAGGAACCGACUGCUAAGCCGCGAUUCACCACAGGUCUGGUGUAUGACUCUUUGAUGCAGAAGCACCAGUGCAUGUGUGGAAACACCACCAGUCAUCCAGAGCACGCUGGCCGCAUCCAGAGUAUCUGGUCCCGACUACAGGAGACGGGCCUGAGGUCACACUGUGAGUGUAUCCAUGGUAGGAAGGCCUCGCUGGAGGAGUUACAAACAGUCCACUCUGAAGCCCACGUCUUGUUGUACGGAACCAACCCACUGCGGCAGAAACUUGACUGUUCAGUGAAUCCCAUGUUUGUGAGGUUACCAUGUGGAGGCAUAGGGGUGGACAGCGACACCAUUUGGAAUGAGGUCCAUUCAUCGAGUGCAGCUCGUCUGGCUGUCGGCUCAGUGGUGGAGCUCGUCUUCAAAGUGGCAUCAGGAGAACUUAAGAAUGGUUUUGCUGUCGUUCGACCACCUGGACACCAUGCUGAGGAGAGCACACCUAUGGGCUUCUGUUACUUCAACUCAGUUGCGAUUGCAGCCAAGCUCCUGCAGCAGAGGCUCAAUGUCAGUAAAAUCCUAAUCGUGGACUGGGAUGUUCACCACGGAAACGGCACCCAGCAAGCCUUCUACACUGACCCCAGUGUUCUUUACCUCUCACUGCAUCGCUAUGAUGAUGGAAACUUCUUCCCAGGCAGUGGAGCACCCGACGAGGUGGGAACUGGAGCGGGUGAGGGCUUCAAUGUGAACAUGGCCUUCACUGGAGGAUUGGAACCUCCUAUGAGUGAUGCAGAUUAUCUAGCUGCAUUCAGGACGGUGGUUAUGCCUAUUGCCAAUGAGUUUUCCCCAGACGUGGUUCUGGUAUCUUCGGGCUUUGAUGCGGUGGAUGGACAUGCUCCGCCCCUGGGAGGAUACAAACUGACAGCCAAAUGCUUUGGCUACCUGACCAGGCAGCUGAUGGCUCUGGCAGGCGGUCGGGUGGUGCUUGCCCUGGAGGGGGGUCAUGACCUCACAGCCAUAUGUGAUGCCUCUGAAGCCUGUGUCUCUGCUCUGCUUGGCAAUGAGUUGGACCCCAUUCCUGAUGAGGUGCUGCAGCAGAGACCAAAUGCCAACGCGGUCCACUCUAUGGAGAAAGUCAUUGAAGUUCAGAGUAAAUACUGGCGCUCGCUGCAGCGCUCCGUCUCCACACUCGGUUGUUCGCUGAGUGAAGUCCUCCGGCGUGACGCAGAGGAAGCGGAGACCGUCUCCGCUAUGGCCUCAUUGUCUGUUGCCAACAAACACAUUGGAAAGAGAGCUGAAGAGGAACCCAUGGAAGAGGAAGUUCCAAUGUAAAGACACAUCUCUUAGCCUUUGACCACUCAGACUUUAUCUUUGAUGUUGUCCUCGUCCAGUCAACUCUAAUGUCAAUGCCACUCCUAUUUCUCACUGCUGCCAUAAUCGAGGUGGGUCCUUUUGAUCGGAGAGAGAGAACGAGCAGAGCUGAAAAAAGUGACGAUUAAUGGAAACGGAAACACUGAAGAGGAGCAAACGCAUUUUACUGAUCAGAAUCUCCCAGUCAAUGUGUUGUGUUUAAAGAGGAUUUUCUCACAGUGACAUCUUUACGUGCCAGUGCUUUGAAAACACUACAUAGACGUACUUCUCCAAUGCCAGUCCAGAACCGUGCACAGACAAUCUGCAGUCGUCUACCUGAACUGUAGAUCAUUCGUCUCGUUCCUUGUGCUUUAUCUAUCACUCUUUUCUUACUUUAAUCAAACGCCACCAGAGCUGAUGUGAUUGUGACUCUGCACUAAGGAUGGAUCAUUCCUGCUCCUUUUUUCAGAUGAUAUCCAAAUGGCCGGAACAAAGUGGUGGAAUUUCUGGGGCUUUUUUUUGAGAUGGUUGGAGAUCACAGAUGAGUGUUCAGCAGUGAAAAGACCAUGUGCGCUUUGUGCCUUUUUUAAAAAGAAAAACAAAAAAAAACCUGGCGGAUUUUUCUGUUGAGCCUUAAACAAACAGGUUAGGAAAUGAACCUGCUUUCUCCCCAAACCCCUUAAACAUUUCUGUCUGGGAAAGACGUCCUCUGCCUGCAUGUUGUCGGCACAUAGACUCGGCAUGUUUACCUAUAACUCCCUGCAACGACCCGCCGUCUCUCCCCGCACCUCUGUCUUUGUUUCCUCCUCAUUUUUCAGCCUCACCCUGGAAGGUAUAGUUCCCAGCCACGAUUUGGAGUUGGUUCAAUGUAAAAGUGAAUUUAAGUUGGGUUUAGUGUCACACAGUGAAACCUGCAUCACAUCGGCAUCAGUUCAUGCACCGUUCUAAAGACUUCUGAUAAAGACAAAGCUGUUUGUACUCGAAAUAGUGAAGAGCAUGAAGGACCUUCAUCUCCUUAAAACAACUGACGAUCGCAAAAAAAACACAACAAUCAUUAAUAAGGCAUACAGCGGAAAAUAAUCUCAUAUAUGAGCUAACUUGUCAAACCAAGCCUUCUAUAUAAAAAACUGUGUCUCUGUGGCAACACCACGGACCGUACCACCUGGUGUUUUCCAGAGGGGUAGACACGCACAGCUGGUUUAGCAUAUCAUGCCCCUUGUUCUGCCACAUCUGCUCUCCAAAUGUCAGGUGCUACGAGGCAGGUGUGCGCACAUCUGUCGGUGUACACUGAGCGAAGCACAAGCUGCUCUCUCCAAAUAUUCAAGUGUAUACACUCGUUAUUUAUAUUUAUAUUGUAAUCAUCACUUCUGGCAACACGGGCGGAACGUUGACGUAGCACAUGUAGCACCGAUUUUCCUCCGCUCUUUGCUUUUCAGAAAACAAAUGUACCUUUUUCAGCGGCGUGAGGUAAGAGAUGGGUUUUCUGUUUCCGUUGUCUUUUGUUCCCUGAUUGAAUUUGGCUCCUUUAACCGACAUGAAGUGCCCUGACCUACAGUACUCGCCAGAUUACACAAAACACCAGCCGCAUAACCUAGUUGUAGUAAAAAAAAAAGAAAUAAAUAUUGGAUUGUCAAUUUUUGCAGGUGAAAGACUUUUAUACGACUUUAUGAAAAAAAAGAUGAUCAGCUGCCGUGUGCCGCUUUGUGAACAGUUUGCAAAAAUUUCAAAUCCCGCUUGAUAGCGUCUCUCUAACGUGUGUUUGGCUGCUGGGUGACUGCCAGCUGAAAAAGACUCGUCACAUUGCCUUUUUCUUUUUCAUGGAACAGAAACAGUGCUGUGUUGUUUACUGUUGUUUACUGUAAAUAAGACCCCCCCCGAGUAUUCCUGCCACAAAACAUUUGUAAAUGACUACUUUUUUUUAAAUUCUUGUUCCUCUCAUCCGUUUUCUUUUUACGUGUUCUUUUCCUAUCCUUUUGUACACAUGGUUCCCUCUCUGUCUCCUCUGUUAAUUCUCUGUUACUUCGUAAAGCCGGCCUUCUUCGCGACAGACGACAGGUUCGGGGUUUUAGUGGACAUUACAUGACUAUGUUUUCCGGGGUUAUGGGAGGGAUGGGUUGGGAUGCAAAUGUUUCUACUUUGUACAAUGAUGGCCAACUGUGUAUUUACUGUCUGUUCAUAGUAGAUUUAUAUAUACAUAUAUAUAUAUAUAUAAAAAAGAAAUGAGUAUAUUAUAUAUCUAUACAUAAUGAAAUAUUAUAAUCUUGUUUUUUUGAAAGUUGGUAUUGGAAAAAAAUCACACUUUCGCGGGUCCUUCAUAUCGUCGUCCCCCUUUAUUAAGGUGUUACAGACGGCACCGUUCGCUGAAGCUGGUUACAGCUUGUUUGUGUUGAGUAGCAUUUUACUGGUCGUCUCUCUGUCUUUCAACACUAAUCUAGUCUCGUUCUUGGCUUCAUCCAUCCCACCGGCACCGUAACACUGGUACAGCCUUGUACUCAUGCUGUUCCUUCAUUCAUUUAAUCAUUUGUGACUGACUGUGUUAGAGAGAAACACUCAGUUGUCAGUAAUCUAAUAUCUGAACCUCUUCCUCACAGCAUCACAGCUUCAUCCUGGUGCAAGAGUAGGAUAAUCGGGGGAUUCGAAUUGGAACGUGGCCGCGCUCGUCCUCUACUUACUACACCGAUGGCCAAAUCUCCAUGUUUCAUUUUAAAUCGGCAUUCCUUUAAAUUAAAUUACAUGAAAUACAUCACAUGUGAAAUCCAGUCCAUCGUGGGAAGUGAUGACUCUGGGAUCCUUGAUCCCUGGAGUCCUGUGGGACACCAGAAUUACAUUCCUGGCUUCUCCUCUUUUUUUUUUUUUUUCCUUAAAGUGGCUUUUACUGGACAUCUCAAGAAAAUAUGAGAUUACGUCAUCAUAUUUACAUUUUAACAUCUCAUGUCUCACAUCUACCGAGAAAGAAAGUGACUGAAAAUAAGACAUGAUGUGCUCUUUGACCUCUGCUGGCACAGUGACGCUGUCUCUUCCUGCAGAUGCACCUUUGAUGUCACUUGUCUCUAAAUCACCGCCCGUCACCUCCUUUUUCCCAUUGCUCCAGCAGAUGGCCGGAGAGGUCAAGGGGUCAUUUGAAGCAUCGUACCACUUAAUACAAGAACAAAGCGAGAGGAGUGUGGAGCAUGCAAUAAAUGGUAUUCCUUUAAAAACACACACACACACAUAUCUAUAUAUAUAUAUACAUAAAGCUGGGGUUUUGUACAUUUUAGAACUGCAUCACUUUUUCGAGGACCGUAUUUACACAAUCAUUCCACAGCAAAGGUACACGGAUAUUAAUGGUUAGUAGGGUUGUAAAAAAUAAUAAUAAUACUGAUAACAAUUGGUACUUGCAUAUGAAUUGGAUACUUUUUUGCAUUUGAUAAGAUACUCAUUUGCAACAGUGUCCAGAUGCUGCUGCUGCUACUGAAGGACCUUCACCACCACUUUUAUCCAAAAAUUUAAAAAAGUAAAAUUGCCAUUUUGAAGUAUUUUGCAUACGGGGCAGCAAAGUGGAGCAGCACAACACUAAGUCAGAUAAUAUAUUAUAUUAUAUUAUAUUAUAUUGUUCUAAUCUAGAUUUUAGAUGGAAAAAUGAUGCUUCAUAAUAUCAAACAUUGAAUUGAGUAUCAAGUAUAUUCUCUUGGUAUCGGUGCAACAACCGUGGUGGUCAAAACCUGAAACUGCAGAUAAUCCCACUGUCCUAACUUAAACUGGGACACGCUGACAUCUCUCUGUGUAUGAGCACAGCUGAUCAGAUGGUAACCCGGCCCAGAACAUUCCCAGAACCUUUGCACAACACUGCCAGUCAUUGGGGCUUUUUUUCUCUCUACUGUUGAAUGCUUUGGUUUCUCAAAAGCAGCCAAAACUAGCACACUCUGGCUACUCUGGCUGUCUGUCUUCACUGUUAGUCUUAACACAAUGUCUAGUAACAAAGAAAGCAGUGACAUUCCAGUUUAGUUAUAAUUUCCAUUCAUUAGGACGGGGCAAAAUCUCUUUGUUUUGACCUUUUUCGGGUCCAGUCAGGUACAGGAACUGUCUGUUUAUUUCUGCUGCCUGGUCUGACUCCACUUUAUUCCUCUUCUCUUUCUCUCUCUCUGCAUGAUCCAUACGUCUGCAUGCACUGCCUACCUGUCUGUCUGUCUGUCUCAUACCACAUAUCAGCACAAGGGAUCGAGCACUGAAGGACUUAAGUACUUUUAUCUCUUUUUACUGCUUUCGUGUUGCCGCUGUGGAGGAGUUUGGGUGCUCGUCAUGUUGUGCUUUUUACUCGUAGCAUAAUGGAAUCUGCAAUCCUGAGAGACUUCUUCUGUUGACUAUUUCACAAAAUCGAAAGGAAAAAGAAAAAAAAAAUCUCUAGCACUUGUUACACGGACGAUAGAUUUUAUUGUAUUUAUGUAGAAAAAAUUGAAUUGUUUAAGUGGACACUUUGUAAACUGCAACAAACAGAACAAUUGAUUGUUUCUCUUUUUACUCCGGGCGACAUUAUGUGACUUUGGUGGACUUUUGGGAAGACGUUGUUUGUUCUUUGUCACAUCUGGACUGAAAAAAAGGGCUCCAUCGAGUUGCCUGGUCAAUGUUUUAGGGUUUUCCAUUCCAGUUAAAAAAAAAACAAAAAAAAAAAACAACAGAAAGCCAGUUAUCACUAUGACCACUGUGUUUCAAAAACAAACA